UCAUCAGCUGCAAUGGCGCAGAGCAAGGAGGACAUCAAGCACGGCACGGCGCGGACCAAGGUGGCGGGCGACGACGAGAUGCUGCGCACGGGAUUCCACAACGGCACCCCGCUGGAGGCCGGCAAGAUCGCCGACUCCCAGCCGGUCGACCUCUUCGCCCCCGCGCACCGUGUGGCCGACGCCCCGUCGCAGCAGCAGCAGCAGCAGAUGAGGCCACAGGAAGAUGAGCUCGCGGAGGCGAACGACGACGACUCUGCUCCGGCGCAGGGCCGUGGGAUGGCCGAGCCCACCGCCGGUGGACGUCGCCUGGGACGCCAGGCUUAAGUCAUAAUCAUCGUAUCGUUUAAUUAGCUAGUAGUAAUCUGGCCGGCCUCUACGUAGAAACGAAGGUCUUAGACAUGCAGUGCGUAUUGUAGUAUCAAUACUAGUAUCUUUCCAUCUAUCCCUCCCUAUGUAACGAACGACAACAAUAAGGUUUGUCCUAUGACCGGCUGCAGCCCAGCAUGUCAAACUUUUAUGCAUAUCUAUGCAGCAUGCACGAUCUAUGUAUAUAUGUAUUUGUCCAA